GCCACUCGCACUCGCACGCGCGUCACUCCCGGCCAUCCCCGUCCCGCCUCUCGCGCCUCUCAUCGCCACGGCGCCACUUACCGACCCUGCACGCAUCUCGCCUCGCCCCCUCCCCCUCGCUCCUCUCCUCCGCGCCUCGCGUCUCGCCUCUCACCGCUCGGCGCGCGUCGUCGCGGCCCGCUUUAUCGCGCGCUGCGUCGGUGCGGGCGGCAGCUGACGCGGGCAGCGAUGGCGGCGGGCACGCCACUGCGGAAGCGCCAGCAGCGCCAGCAGCGCCAGUGACAGCAGUGGAUCCAGCGGUGGCGGGCAGCGCACUAAGGCGGCGGUUCCUGGAGUUCUACGCGGCCAGGGGCCAUGCCGUGCUGCCGUCCGCCUCGCUGGUGCCGGCAGACCCCACCGUGCUGCUCACCAUCGCCGGCAUGCUGCCCUUCAAACCCGUCUUCCUUGGCCAGGUGCCACCCAGUGUGCCGCGCGCCACAACGAGCCAGCGCUGUGUGCGCACCAACGAUGUGGAGAACGUGGGGCGCACUGCACGGCACCACACCUUCUUUGAGAUGCUCGGCAACUUCAGCUUCGGCGAUUACUUCAAGCAAGAGGCCUGCCAGUGGGCCUGGCAGCUCGCCACUCACGAGUUUGGCAUACCAGAGGAGCGCAUCUGGGUGAGCGUCUUCCGGGAUGACGAUGAGACGUACGCCAUCUGGAAGGACCAGGUGGGCGUGAGUCCGGAGCGCAUCCAGCGGCUGGACGAGGAGGACAACUUCUGGGCGAGCGGGCCCACGGGGCCGUGUGGGCCGUGCAGUGAGCUCUACUACGACUUCCACCCUGAACGCGGCAUCGAGGGCGCUGACCUGGCUGACGACGCGCGCUUCAUAGAGUUCUACAAUCUGGUCUUCAUGGAGAGCAACCGCCUUGACGACGGGGCGCUGGAGCCGCUGCGCUGCAAGAACAUCGACACGGGGCUCGGCCUUGAACGCCUUGCCCAGAUCCUGCAGCAGGUACCGAGCAACUACGAGACGGAUCUCAUCUUCCCCAUCGUGCAGCGCGCUGCCGAGCUGGCAGGUGUGGACUACCACAGCGCUGAUGACGACACCAAGCGCAUGCUCAAGGUGAUAGGCGACCAUGCGAGGGCGGUGGUGCACCUCGUGGCGGACGGCGUGUCGCCCUCCAAUCUCGGCCGCGGCUACGUCGUGCGUCGCCUCGUGCGCCGCCUUGUGCGGACCGCCAGGCUGCUCGGGAUCAAUGCAGGCAGCACCACCACCACUCACACUGACUCCGCCAACGGCAACGGCAGUGCUGCUGGGGGUGGUGACUCUGCCUUCCUGCCAAUCAUCGCUCGGCAGGUGUGCGAUUUAGCCUGCUCCCCCCGCCAUUUGUUUCUUUGCAGCUGCAUGCUUGGCGCUUCCGGGUUCCAUCCCCCACUCACUUCAUCUGAUAGGGCAGGGCGCAAGCUGCGCAGCCACGAGCAGCAGUGCCAUUGGAGCCUGUGCUUCCUCCCACCCCCCACCCCACCUCGUCCCACCUAUUCACCUCUCCCUCCGCUCUACCAGGUGAUAGCCAUGAGUGCGGGCAUAAACAGCAACGUGGGAGAGCGUGCAGAGCGCGUGCUGGAGGAGCUGCGAGCAGCAGAGCCAGUGGGGCCUGUGUUCCCUCCCCACCACAUCCCCCCUGCGCCUCCCGUCCUGUCCCUCUUUCCCCCCCCCUCCCCCCUCCUCACCCAGGUGAUAGCGAUGAGCGCGGACAUCAACAGCAACGUGGGGGAGAGAGCAGAGCGAGUGGUGGAGGAGCUGCGGCGCGAGGAGGAGCGGUUCGUGGCCACGCUGGAGCGCGGCGAGAAGAUGCUGGACCUGCUGCUCUCCCAGGCGCUCGCCCAGGCUGCUGAUAGCGCUGCUGCUGCUGCUGGUGCUGACGGUGCUGCUGCAGGAGGGGAGGGAGGGGAGGGGGCGGGGGUGGCGACGGGGGCGGUGUUGGGUGGGCGGGAUGCGUUUGUGCUGUACGACACGUAUGGAUUCCCCGUGGAGAUCACAGAGGAGGUGGCGAGGGAGAGGGGCGUGGCCGUGGACAUGGCGGGCUUUGAGCUCGAGAUGGCGGCUCAGAGGAAGCAGUCGCAGGCGGCGCACAGUGCCAUCAAGCUGGCAGUGGGCGGGGCAGCGGCGGAUCUGGCAGGGCAAGUCCCCGAGACCGAGUUCGUGGGGUACUCGUCGCUCGCCUCCUCGUCGCCCGUGCUGGCACUCGUGGUGGCGGGCAAGGUGGUGGAGCGCGCAGCAGCGGGGCAGGCGGUGGACGUGGUGCUGGCGCGCACUCCCUUCUAUGCCGAGGGGGGCGGGCAGAUCGGCGACUGGGGGCACAUGCAUGUGCUGCAGGGGGGAGGGGGGGAGGGAGGGGCGGUGGUGCACGUGCGGGACGUGCAGCGGGCGGGGGGAGGGCUGUGGCUGCACCGGGGGGAGGUGGAGGAGGGCGAGGUGUGUGUGGGCAAUGAGGUGGAGGCGGUGGUGGAUGAGGAGCAACGGCUGCGCGCACAGGCGCACCACACAGCAACCCACCUUUUGCAAGCGGCUCUACGCGAGCAGUUGGGCCCGGACGUGGCGCAGGCGGGCAGCCUGGUGGCGUUCGACCGGCUGCGCUUCGACUUCCACUUCCCGCGCGCCGUCACGCCCGUCGAGCUCACGGCCGUGGAGGCACGGGUCAACAAGUGGAUCGCUGCUGGCGCUGCCGUCACAUCGGCCGUCAUGCCCAUCGCUGACGCCAAGGCUGCUGGCGCGAUUGCCAUGUUUGGGGAGAAGUACGGCGAGGAGGUGCGGGUGAUAGACGUGCCGGGCAUCAGCAUGGAGCUGUGUGGCGGCACGCACGUGGGCAACACAUCACACAUCCGCGCCUUCAAGCUGCUCUCAGAGGCCGGCAUCGCAGCGGGUGUGAGGCGCAUCGAGGCCGUGGCGGGGGAGGCAGCCGUGGACCUGCUGCACCAAUGGGACGGCGUUGUGAAGGCGCUCUCCUCCUCCCUCAAGGUGAAGGCGGAGGAGGUGCCGGCGCGAGUGGCAGUGCUGCAGGAGGAGUUGCGGGCGGCGAGGAGCGAGGCGGAGAGCCUGAGGGGCGACCUGGCUGUGGCGCGCUCCCAGCUGCUUCUGGGGCAGGCAGAGACUGUUGGGGCUAUGGGGUGCAGGGUGUUGGUGGCGGAGCUGCCCGGGGUGACAGCAGACGCCCUCAAGACGGCCGCAGAGAACCUGGCGGCACAGUUGUCGGGCGGCGGCAGUGAGAGUGCGGUGGUGCUGGCGUCAGGCAGCAGCGAGGAGGGCAAGGUGGCCAUCGUGGCUCUGCUCAGCCCCGCGGUGAGACCCUGCUUCCUGCACUGUGCUCUAGGUCACUGCUCUCGAUUAGUGCUCUUGAUGAGUGCUCCAGGUGAGUGGCAGCUGCCUGCAGUGCGCUGA